AUGCACAAGACUCAAGCCUUCUCCCUUUCAGGAUCGUCACUCCCCGACUGGAAUACUUUCCUUCGUGCAUACAAUGUUACUGACUGGCAUGAUCGUACGUCACCUACCUCUCUCCGAUAUCUUGGUUUUCCAUUAUUUUCCUCUAUCACUCAACGAGACUCCUACGGGACCACCCUCCUGUCAAAAAUUGAGACCUUUUGCAGUAUUCAUGGAUCACGAUCUCUUUCCUUUCGUGGGUGGGCAACCAUAAUGAACUCUCUUGUACUUUCUCAACUAUGGCACGUCCUUCGUGUGGUUUCAUUCCCUUCCGCCUUCCUUGACCGAGUUCGCUCCAUUGUGUGCAGGUUCUUCCAUGUCAACUCUUUUCCUCCCAUUGCUUUUGACACUCUCUGCUUGCCCCGACUACAGGGUGGCCUUGGUAUCUUGGAUCCUGGUAUACAGCAAUGUGCUCUCCAACUUUGCUGGCUGAAGCCCCUUAUCCGUAAUCCUCUACUGCCUCACAGUCUUGUUCCCCAAUGGUUCUCCACUCUUCUUCGCUCUGACGUCCCUACCGUUGAUCCUCUUCUUCUCUUACUCUUUCCGGACUGUCGUCCUCGCAACCUGAGGUAUUCGGGAUUGUUUAUGGUUCCGGAGAUUGUUAACUUGCCAGGUUCAUUAGCAAGAAGGAACCAGUGUUUGGUUGCGGGGUCUGUUCUUCACUCAAUUGUGGUGUGUAUACCACACAACCAUCGCACCCUUGAUUCCCUGCUGCACCUGGUUCUGAAGGCUAUGGAUACUCUUCCCCGAAACUUUGACAGAGUGGUGCUCAACCUUUCCAGUUGUCUCAUCCUGCCGUUGUCUUCUAUGAUAUCCAGUAUGCCCUCUCACCCUCCGUAUCGACCUGCUUGGCGUGAUUUGCGAGUCCACCAUCUAUACCAAAUCGAGUCCAAUUUGGAUAUACUCACACCCAUCACUCUCUCUCGUCCUCUACCCCGUUCUGUCACACUUAACUGCAUCCUCAACAGAAUUCGCGAUCAUACAAUGGUCUUGCAUCCCAUUCUCUUUCGAGCAUGCAUUCCUUCUUUUGUACUGGCAUUCCAACAGCCAGAUCUUCCUAUUCGCGACGGGUCGUCCAUUGACCUCCAGCCACUUCUGUCAGCCCAACUUCCUGGUCAAACCUGGUCCCGGCUCACCACGCGCUCCUACCGUUCUGCCUGCUCCCAUCAACUGUCUGAUGCUCGUCCCAUCCACCCUCCUCUCAUCCCACGACAACUUCGCUCCUUCUGGUCUUUCGCCCUCCCUCACCAGGCUCAGAAUGUCUGGUUUCGCGGGUUGCACAAUAAGCUUUCGUGCCGAGCACUUCUGUACCGCAUCAUGCCAUCCACCGUCUCUUCUCCUCUCUGCACUAUUUGCCAGGUGUCCAUCGAGACGCAAGAACAUUUUCUUCUCGCUUGCCCGUUGAAAUCUGCUGUGUGGACAGGCAUUUGGUUGGAAUUCUUUGGCACCGUCCCUCUGCCCUCUGCCCUCUCAAACGCUUUCCAAUCCUUCGUCUUCCCCCCACGCUUAACCCUGCGAUCCCUGCUUCCUCUGUCUUUGGCCUAA